GGGUGUUGCUGUCUUCUCCUUUUGAGCUGGAGCAGGGAGGGAGGCAAUGGCCAAGGUGCCUGAUCUUGGCUCCGACUUCGCGCAGAAGCUGCUGCUCGACCUCCGCCGCCGCCGCGAGAGGCUCGGCUUCGACUCGCCGGCGCCGCCGGUGCAGCGCACGUCGUCGUCGUCGAAAGCUGCCGCUCGUCGGGAUGCUCACUCGAGCUCUCAGAGGCCACUUCGAAGCCAGAAGCCACAACAAGCAGCUCCUCGAGUAGCAAGAGCAGAAGCAGCAACAACAAACAAAUCAUACCAACAGAGUGGCAAUGCCAUUGCCAGAGCCGGGAAGCCGCGCCACCGCGACACACCUACUACCAAUUCACAUCAAAUUGUGCCAUUCCAAGGAGGAGGAGGAGGCAGCAAGCCUGCAACUGCAAGCAGCAUCGAUGUGCAGAUGGCGCUGGCGCUUGCUCUCAGCAACAGAGGCAAGCUCCAGAACAUCGAGCUCGUGUCGCGCAACGGCUCCAUCUUCCUCAGAGACCAAGAUCACAGCAGCAUGCAGCUGCACCACCGCCGCGGAGAGGAGAGCCGCCUCGUGCCGGCGGCGGCGCCGCCGCACGUCGGCAAGGUGGCGAUCGGCGUGCAGAAGCUGAACGACAUACUCAUGGCGUACUCCUCGAGGGACACGAGCAGGAGGAGCUCGGCUGACAUCGGGAGGGAGCUCUUCAGAGGGGCCAUGGACCUGGAGGAGUCCCUCAGCAUGCUCGUGAUGCUCCAAGACGCCUCGGACUACAUGGAAGGAUCAGGGAAUGGCAAGGUGAUGCUCCUGGAGGGCAAGGAGAACCGAAAGAACUCGACGCAUUCUGCAAGGCUAGUGGAGAUUUUUGAUGAGGAUUCAGAGACCGAUCAAGCCAGCAAUGCGAGGAGUUUAUCGAUGCAGAUAGUUCCUCACAAGAAGUCCCAAAGCUGUAGUAUAAACAACAAUUCAGCCUUUGAACUCUCUACAGUUACAGGUAAUGCCAAGAACAAUGCUUCUGAAGUAGACAAGGAUGAUUCAAAGGUGAGAAUGCCUAGUGUGAUAGCCAAGCUUAUGGGGCUGGAGAAUCUUCCAUCGACGAAGGUGAUUAACAAGGGGAUGGAGAAGUUCGUGAAACCAGAAUCAGUGCCAAGAAAGGACAGGAGGGCAAAUUCUGCCGGUGCCAAAUUGCCGAUUCAGAUCAUAGGUUCAGAAAGGGUGCCAUCUAAAGGACGCAGCACGAAUUUGCUGCCAGGUGAGUGGAGGAUUGGCCUGAAAAACUCUGAAGAGUUUGAAAGUGGUAAUGUACAGUUGUCUAAUCGUUUAACACUUCCUUUGGUUAAUAAGCAAACAAGGCAAACCAUGAGACAAAUGUUAAGCAGAGUGGAGAGUACAGAGAGAAGAGGUAGUCUAGGGCAAGCAAUGUAUGAGGACAAGAAAGUGACUGAAGAAACUAAUCAGCAGCAGAAGGUUGUCAAUGUUGGGUGCCGCACUGAUGCAGGUAAAAAGAUGGAUUUCCUGAAAAGGUUUAGGAGAAAUUCAGGCAGCAGACAAGUGGCUGAAGAGAAGCAAAUUAUUCAAGAAAAGAAUACAGGAAAGAAGCAGGUUAGUAGCAUGAAGCAGUUUCUGGGCAGAGACAGUGAGGAUAAAUAUAAGAGAGCAAGAGAUAAGUUCAACAAGGAAAACUUUGCCAUUACUGAAACCAAGAAUGCAGGAAGAGGAAAGAACGGCAAGACAGAUCAGAGGAAACGGCAAUCAUACAACAAACAGACAAAUAUGCAUAGAAUGGAGAAGGAUUCUCGGAACUAUGGCGAAAUGAAUAGUAAAGAAGGCAUUCAGAGCUUAGAUUACAAGAAGUCAACAAAGUCAGAAGCAACACAACUGAAAAGGCUCCCAUAUACUGCAGAGAUACAACAAGAGAAUGGAAAGCAUGGAGAAGAGAACGAUAUUGGCAAGCCAUCAGAGAUUACAUAUGGUGAUGGAGGUAUUUCUGAGCAAUCUAAUGGAAUGAUGAAAGACAAGAGAACAUCUGGAAUGGUUUCCUCAGACCAAUUUAUGGACCAAAUAGCUGAAGAAUUAGAUACCACACCUGGUGUGCAUCCAAGUGAUAGAUCAAAUCUGGUAGAUGAGAGGGUAACUCAGACAAAUGAUGACACAACUUCUAAUACAGCUAAUGAAACUACACAGAUAACAGAUACAUUCACAGAGAGGGAACACCACCAAAAUCUGCAAUUGGUAGAAGUCAAAGAGCAACCAAUGGAUGGUCUGAGUGAUGACAAAGACUCCAGUAAUCUGACAGAUCUACAAGACCAAAACACGCACGUAGUUUCAUGUGAUUCAUUCACAGAGAAUCAGCUCGUGCUUAUGAAAAUGUUGCUGAAGGAUCAAUACCUGAUUGAAACAGCGAAGGCGCUCGUCAGGAAUCCUGCCCCUGUACAUUUUGUCAAUGCCAGUGCAGAUAAAUGGUCAGAGAAAUUCAGUUCUCUUUUUUCAGACAUAGCGCGGGAAGUAAUCAGAAAGAAAGGUAAACGAACCGAGGCAAUGGUAGAAGUCAGCAUGACACAUCCAGCCAACAUGAAAUCGCAAUACCUGGAUGAUCUUCUCAUGGAAUUGGAUGGCGACAUCGAGAGUCUGAACAUCUCCAAGAAAUCUCAUCAGCAAGGUGACGAUCACACAGCUGAAAACCUGAGAAUGAUACUUCACAGGGACAUGCAGAACAACCAUCCAGAUGCCAACUCGAUGUGGGAUUUCGGUUGGAACGGCAUGUCUGGCCUUCCCAUCGAAAGAAACGAAGUCGUCAGGGAUUUGGAGAAGAACAUAUUGGGGGGCAUGAUCACGGAUGUAGCAAGGGAGCUGAUUGAAUUCUCAGUGCGCCAUAGGUGCUGUGCCUGUGAGGCCUGAGUGAGUGAGUGACUGACUUUGAAAUGUGGAUACAAGAGAUGAUUUUCUGAAAUUGAUUGGCCUUAGGUUAGUUUUUUGUAUAUGCUUUGUACAUGUGCCAAGGUUUUCCAGUAAAUAUAAUUUCGACAAUAUUUCUGUACA